AUGACGGUGCUCCAUGAAGUCUGCUUCGAACUAACAGUCUCUUGGGUAUACAAUCGUAUGCUGUGGACAUGGACAGCACUGACUAUAUCCACUCUGAGUGUCCCAGUGAUCAUACCAGCUCAAACUGAAGGUCAAUGGUUUUCAGCAAAUCAAGAGAUGACUCAUGCAACUUCAAGGCAUCAAGCACCUACCGGUCCACCCUCCCAACAGGCGGGCAAGUCCAGGGAUUGGAUGCCCGCCGGUCCCGUCCCCAGUACGAAUUUUGGCAAUCGAACACAUGAGGUCUUGAGCACUGAUGGUAAAAAGAAUGGAACUGGAUCUCCUGAAGAGGUUGAAGUUCUUACUGAUAUUGAACCAAAUGAUCACGGUGACGGUAAUGAUGAUGCAAUUUUUGAAACUGUACACGACUUUUUGUGUUCCUGGGUCAAUCGCGACAGCACACCUCGGGGAGUCAUAAAAGUUCUCUGGAGUCUGACAAGAAAACCAACCAACCUGACCCGCCCGACCGAUCCGAGAUCUGGUGACGUAGCCAUGAUCACGGCCUUCGGUUCCCGGGCUUACCAGUCACCUAGCCCCAUGCCCACGAAAGGGUUUGAUGAAGUGGCCUAG